AUGGAGUGCAUAACACCAGUACAUAAGACUUGGAGUCACUUGUAUUCCCAUGCCCGAUUGUUGUCAUGCAUUCUGUUAGAAACUUACCAGCUUCACCACCCACACGCUGUAGAUUGUCAUCGUAAUUGUAAGACAGGCAUUGUUUGCUUUCUUCUCCCCAUAAAGAAAUUCAUGAAGCUCAUUUUAGAAGAUGGAAUUCCUCAGGUUUAUUACUUUGGUCCAUGUGGCAAAUACAAUGCUAUGGUGCUUGAAUUACUGGGACCUAGCUUGGAAGAUUUAUUUGACCUUUGUGACAGAACCUUUACCCUUAAGACAGUGCUUAUGAUAGCUAUACAGCUAAUUUCCCGAAUGGAGUACGUGCACUCUAAGAACUUGAUAUAUAGAGAUGUAAAGCCAGAAAACUUCUUAGUGGGACGACCGGGAAGCAAAAAUCAGAAUGUAAUUCACAUAAUAGAUUUUGGCCUUGCUAAAGAAUACAUAGACCCAGAGACAAAAAAGCACAUCCCUUACAGAGAACACAAGAGCCUUACUGGAACAGCCAGAUAUAUGAGCAUUAAUACCCAUUUAGGAAAAGGUAAAAACUUGUACACAAAUGAAUAUGUGGCAAUUAAACUGGAACCUAUGAAGUCCAGAGCACCGCAACUUCACUUGGAAUAUAGGUUCUACAAACAGCUGGGAUCUGGAGUUCACAGAUACAGAUAUGUUGCUAAAGUUCCCAAUAGAUGGGGCUUUUUGAACGUAAAAGUUCAACCAGACGUAUGA